AGAGUUUCAUCGACUUCCUAAUCGUAACGCAAUUUAGCGCCAAAUUAGAUGUCGUAUCUGCUUGCGAAAAAUUAUCUCACCUGCGUAAUUCGAUUGGUUGCUGCACAGGAAGCAAUAACAGUUGCUGGUUAUAACAAAAGGCGCUGACAGUAACACAUUAAGAAGACAAAUUUGCAACACAGCUACCACCACCAGAGUCCUCAACUUGCAAGGGACAGUGAGUCUUCAAAAGCUCGAAAACGCCGUGGUUUUAAUCAGAUAAAAGCGGAAUAAAACUAAAAACCACGUUUUAAAGUCGACAGACUACAAUAAUCUGCCAUGAACUGCCAUGAACCUUCCGUGAACGUCACGGAUACAACGAACAACGAAACAAAUCAAGGCGAACUACAAGGUUACAUUUCAAUACCAAGCCUACUUGGCUGGGCGAUAUCGUAUGCUAUUGUAGCAAUAGCCAUCAUCGUCGGAAACUCGCUGACAAUCGCAGCAUUCAGCACAAACAAAAAGCUCGCCAACGCCCGCACCAACUACUUCUUAGUGAGCCUGGGGAUAGCGGAUUUUAUGGUUGGCGCAUGCUCAAUACCGAUGUACGUAACUGAAAUGCUGUUUUAUUAUCUACGUAAAAACGAGGCCAGAAUCCGGUUUAACGAGAUUUACCUGCCUAUCGACGCGUUUAUGGGUUUCGCGUCAAUCUUUGCGCUCGUCGCCAUAGCGCUGGAUCGCGCAUACUCUGUGUUCCGCCCUCACAAGCACAAAACUAUCACCAAAGCGACUUAUUUGAUGGAGAUCGGCCUGGUCUGGUUCUUAGCGGCUUGCGUUGCUGGGAUUCGCGUUCUGAGCAAUUUCACCAGCAAAGACCUGCUAAAAACUGUCUUCAACUACGCCGUGCUUGUCUGCGUGUUCACUUCAUUGAUUUUAAUUUCUGUCGCUUACGCUAUGAUUUGGCACAAGGUUAGGAAGCCUGUGAGCCAAAACCACAGGACAGGCACGAAACAAGAAAAAAAGCUAGCGGUAACGCUGUCCUUAAUCACAGUUGUGUUCAUCCUCACGUGGGUCCCUUUCUACAUUAUGAACAUUAUCAUCAUGUUCUGCAAAGACUGUUAUGUUCUCCAGUUGAUUUACUUCGCAAAGUUUUUGCACUAUAGCAAUUCUUUCGCCAAUUUCAUCAUCUACGUGCUCAAGAUUCGAGAAUUCCGGAAGACCGUGACGAAACUCUUGCGGGGCAAAAGAAAGAAAACCUCCCCAAGUCCACAAAAAAGUAAAACCUUGGUUAAUUCUAAGGAAGAACCGAUCUCCAUGCAAGGCAUAAGACUUAGGGGAUUCACUCAUCCCCUGGAAAAUCGUGACCUUGAUUUGAUAACUGCUCACCAAUCAGUGUGAACUUGGCAGGUCUUUACAGCCAAUCAGAUGCAGCCUACACUAUACAAGCUCACUCUUGUUUAAUUGUUGUUACUGCUGUUCAUUUUCGUUUUUAUUUUAGUCCCAUAACCAAUCACUUUUCUGAAACCUUUGACCCCUGAGAGCCACUAGUAUCGAAUUUCUCAUCUCUGAAUCAAACAUUGAGGCCAUGAAAAUAAAGGAAAUGAUCACCAACUAAAGAAGCUCUUGAUCGUUAAACAA